UUUGACCAAGUUAUCAUUCAGCUUCUUACACCGCCAUUAAAUCAAACGGCCGCUUCUGUUCUGGAAAAGUUGCUAGCUAAACAGGCCGGCGUUAGCGUUACAGAUGGUUUGGCUACGGACCGUGGUCAACAGGAAGCCAAAACUCAUGCUUCGGUCGAUUUCAAUCGGUUCCAUGCUUUGGCCGCCUCAGCAAAUAUGUCUAACUCAACCGUUCGAAUACCGAGUGCAAAUGAUCAAUACUGGUGUGUUCACUGUCCGCAUCUGUGGGCUCAAUUUCUCACCGCUGUCGAAGUUUUUGACACACCUUUGGGUCGACGAGCUACUCUGCGCCGCACAAGACUCGCGCUUUACCGUCAGUCUUUGUUAGAACCGGUGCCGUUCACUGUUUGGGCUUCGAUUUCNGCACCUGCCAGACCUUUGCAACCCGCGAUGCAUCUUCUCAUCGAUCUUGACUGUCCAAUCAAUCCGUUGGAUACAGAUCGACGUGGAUAUUUUGGUCAUUCGGAAAGGGUAGAGCCAAUAAGUCUUUUUCUCGGUACUAUUCCACUACUGAACGGUGGUAUGUGUUGGGUUCCCGUUGGUGAAAAUCAGCGUCUACCAGAUGCACUCGAUCAGAUGUUGUUCCUGGCCGAUCUAGGAAAUCAACUAUCUCGAGUCAAAGAUCAGCUGGGUCUGGAUCUUAACCGAAUUGCCAAUCUGUUUCGCAAUCCCACAGGGUCAGAAGAGCUCACUGUCUCUCUUCUGCUGUACACCGUGGCCUUUGUCGUGCAAAAUCCAAUCCAACUCCAUUUGGUUCCUCCCGAUGCUCAGGAAGAUCCUGUGUUGCACCAAUCUGAUGAAGCUCUACGCACUUCCCAACAAAGUUCGGAAAUAUCACAUCCCCAAGGAAUGGAACAUUCGGGUCACGAUUCUUCCCGAUCGCGUUCGUCUCUGAUGAACGAACAAGAUGGUCCGAGCGCAUUGCUGGAUGCGUCAGUUUAUUCAAAGUAUAAAAAAGAUACGUCGUUCCCUUUGUUAGCUAAGAAUCGUCAACCAGACAACCUUAGCAUAAAGUCAUCCUCCACUUCAGACAUCACGGCCGUUUCCGGUGACUUUGUGGACAAUGUCAGUGUUGCCGGUUCUCAAGAAAAUUGGCUUAACACUUAUGAAGUACUGUUUCGGUUAGAAGAUGAGUUGAAAGAUUCAGACAGUGCGUCGGUCUCCGGUUCAAGCGGUUGCACUUCGGGUCAUAAACCAACUCAUCUGAUGCCGACAGUAGUCCAAGAAGUCGGGACCGAGUUGUUCGAGACCGAAUCCCUUCGCUCGUCUCAGUUAAGUGGUGCCAGCGAUCCGGAGGCUCCGGGUUCUGGACUGGGCCGUUCCUCUCGUCUAUCUACACGUAGUUUCGGCGAUCGCAAUCAACGAGAGGCUACAUGUCGACCGAGAUCGCCUGAUGAAUCAUCCACUCCUUUGGUGAUCGUUUUUCAGCUAGAUGGCGUUGCCGGAGAAGCAGACGGCACAGAUAUAGAGACGCGUAUGUGGUUAAAAGUUGGACGUAUAGGCCUCACUUGUCAACAGGGGAACCAGAACCGCAUAGCCGAUGCCAAAUUGUUGUCUGAAUCGCUUGCUUCUCUCACAUCAACUGGAGGUUAUUCGUGGUCUGUGUUCGCUUCCCUAACACGACAGCUGAUCGGUCAAUCCUCCGAUGAUUCAGAAAACGAAGUUUCCUACCAAACGUCUGUUUGUUUGCAUGCUGACCUCCUCACAAGCUAUUCUCUUCAAGUGCCCAAGAUUGUUCCACAAACUGCAGGACAGUUACUAAAUUGUUUUAGCGCGCGUGGAGGUAUCGAUCGAUUACAGUCAAUGUUACCCACGGGGACAUUAUUGCGAGAGAUGCAAGCCCGGCUCACCACAAUGGAUUUCAAUUUGCAUUUGAAACGAGGGUUUCUGGCGGUGGAGAUUGAAUCUUCCAAUUCUAAUUAUUCUCAGUCCGGUGAAUUAAUCCGAAAGGUUCAUUUGCAACAAGGAUUUUCCUUGGCGUUCGACAGAAAUGCCGUGCUCAAUAUCGGGCUUACUGAUGUUGAAAACAGGAAUUCGAUUUAUUCUGAGAGACCUGACCCCGACAAAAAAGUCGAAACUAAUACAGUCGAUCACACGUUUGUCCGACCGAACGCACAAAGUGGCCAGAACAAUAUGUUGCGGCAAUACCAACAAGAGAACGCACAGUUAAGGGAAAAUGUUCGUCGCUUAAAUGCAACUAUUGAUCAAUUGAACGCUGAGUUGGCCAGCUUGAGACAUAUGGUAAAUCACGCGCAACAAAGAUAA